GGCCGCUGGCCGCCGCCCCGCCGCCGCCGCGCCCUGCCGCCCGCCGGGCCCCCGGCCGAGCCCGCCAUCCCCAUCCCCGCGGCGCUGCGUGAGCCGGUGCUCAGAGUGGGACAACCUGAGAACAGCCCCCUCCCUGGGCAGUGCCAGCCCGAGACCAGCACCGCUGUGACCGAGGAAGCUGAGCCGCCACAGUCAUGGCAGCAAGAGUUCUUGGUGGGGAACAGCCCCGGCGGCAGCGGCCGGGCCCUGUGCAUGGUGUGUGGCCAGGAGCUCCCCGCUCCUUCAGCCCGAAGUGCCCGGAGGCACAUCCUUCGCCAGCACCCCCAUACCCUGGGCCUGAGCCCCGGGGAGAAGAGCAACAUCCUUGAGGCCUGGAGCGAGGGCGUGGCCUUACUAGACUCCCUGGAGCCCGCACCCCCCAGCGCAGGCCCUCCUGAGACACCAGCUGAGAUCGUGGUGCUUUUGGACUCCGAGGAAAAGCCUGAAUUGCAGUCAAGUCGGAACCGGCCCCGGGGGCUCCGGCCCCUGCAGCCUGCAGCAGCUCCCCCAGCCGUCGACACAGGGACCAAGAAGCCGCGGAACCAGAGAUGUAGGGAGCUGUCCGGGGAAACCCCUCCCAAGAAGAAGAAGGGGAGGGGCCGGACUUCCACCAGGGCCAAGGCCCUGGCCAGACCCUCGGCCCCGAGCCCAGCGUUCCUCCCCCUUCCACAUGUCACCUUAGAGCCCUUCUCGGCUCCCACUGAAGUCCGACACUUCACGGACGGCAGCUUCCCGCCGGGCUUUGUCCUCCUGCUCUUCUCCCACAGUCAGCUGAAAGCCUCGCAGGACAGGGCUUUGUUGAAGGAAGGAGAGCCAGCCGAGGGGAGCCCCAAAAGGCCUCAGAGUCCCUCCCCAGCUCCCUCCGCGGGGCUCCGAGGGACGCUGGACCUACAGGUGAUCCGUGUGCGCCUGGAGGAGCCCCCUGCAGUCAGCCUGCUUCAGGACUGGUCCAAGCCGCCCCAGGGACACCGGGCGGUGGCGGGGGCCGCUGACCCUCCAGGCUGGCAGGCCGUGCUGGCAGAGUCUGGUGUGGCCGCUCGGGAACAGCCAGAGGCCGGGCAUGGGGUGUGAAGGCUGCUGUGGAGGAGGGGGGACCUCACUGCACCUCCCCCAGCUUCCCCCUCCCCAGCAGACCAGCCCCUCCGUCAGAAGAUGCUGAUGGAACCAAGCACUUGAGCAGGGGUGGGGGAGAGCCCGCUUCUGCUCCCAUCGGACGCUGCUAAGGGUCUGGGGUCUGGGUUGCCCCCGGGCCGCCGGACUGCCGCCGUCCUUGCACUAGGGUUCAGUGUUGAUGGAGACCCACUGUGUUCGCCCUUCCUUGUUCCUGCUUCACCGCUUCCCGCCGGCACAGUGCCUUAUAUAGGAGGUGGUCACAAGGGGGGACCCACCGGAGCCCUCUACUACCUCGGGGGAGUCUCCUCUCCCCCCACCUCCUCCUGGCCCUCCUGACAGGGAGUCCCAUCCCCUCUUUCCCCUCCCCCUGCAGCAGAGCAGGGGGAGCCCUGGGGUGGGGGGGGAGUAGCUCUGGAGACUCCAAGCUCUGCCCGCUUUUCACCUGCCCACCAGCCCCUGCUUUCCCCAGUUAUUUCCCUUUGUACAUACCCCUUUGUUGACAAUAAAUUAUUAUUUUUUAUGAA